UCAUUCCUUUCAUUUUUGCAUUGUUCAUUUUUUAUCCUUUCCUUCAUCAUCAAAUCAUUGUUUGUGUGUUUAGUUGUUUAGUUGUUGCUACUCCUUCCCUCCCUGCUCCUUAGAUAACGAAAACAUUCGCAAUCAAAUUAUUUUUUUUUAUAAUUGCUGAUCUCCAUACAAAUUUAAUUUUUCAUAUAUACAUAUUAUUCAAUCAUGGUUUCAUUAGCAGAUUUAAAAUCAAAUGGUAAAAGGUUGGUAAGAAAAUUAACCACCAAAGAAGGGUUAUUAGGUGAUUAUGAUUAUGGUUAUUUAUUCAUUCCUGAUGUCCCAUUCAUGACUAAAGAACCUAAAACUCAACCAUUUUUUGGUUUGAAUUCAGACAUGCCAGUGGUAUUAGGGAUGAUUUUAGGUUUCCAACAUUGUUUAGCUAUGUUGGCUGGUGUAGCUACUCCUCCCAUCAUUAUUGCUGGAGUUGCUAAUUUAGAUCCAAAAUUAACUGAAUAUUUAGUUAGUGCUUCCUUAAUUACUUCAGGGAUUUUAUCAUGUAUUCAAAUUACAAGAUUUCAUAUUUAUGGUACUAAUUAUUACUUAGGUACAGGUUUAUUAUCGGUGGUUGGUACUUCCUUCGCCACCAUUUCAGUGGUUGGUAAUGCUUUCCCAUUAAUGUAUAAAACUGGUGCUUGUCCAUUAGAUGCUUCUGGAAAACAAUUACCUUGUCCAGAUGGUUAUGGUCAUAUCUUAGCUACCGGUAUCGUAUGUUCAUUAAUUGAAAUCUUAUUAUCUUUCAUUCCACCAAAGACUUUACAAAAAAUCUUUCCUCCAAUCGUUACUGGUCCAGUUGUGUUUUUAAUAGGAGCUUCGCUUGUGGAAUCCGGGUUUGAAGAUUGGGUUGGUGGUUCAGGUUGUGUAGGUGAAAUGUGUUCAGUUGGUAAAUUUGAUUUACCAUGGGGUUCAGCUCAAUUCAUUGGAUUAGGUUUCUUAGUUUAUGUUUCCAUUAUUUUAUCAGAAAGAUUUGGGUCUCCAAUUAUGAAAUCAUGUGCUGUUAUUGUCGGUUUAUUAGUAGGUUGUAUUGUUGGUGCUGCUUGUGGUUAUUUCAGUUCAAGUACUAUUGCUGCUGCUCCAUCUGUUACUUUCAUGUGGGUUCAUACUUUUAAAUUAAAAGUUUAUGCCCCAAUAGUCUUACCUUUCUUAGCUGUUUAUAUCACAUUAAUGAUGGAAGCUAUUGGUGAUAUCACUGCUACUUCAGAUGUAUCAAGAUUAGAAGUUGAAGGUGAAUUAUAUGAAUCAAGAAUUCAAGGUGGUGUUUUAGCUGAUGGUUUCAAUGGUUUAUUAUCUGGUUUAAUGACUGUUACUCCAAUGUCAACUUUUGCUCAAAAUAAUGGGGUUAUUUCAAUCACAAAAUGUGCUAAUAGAUAUGCUGGUUAUUGGUGUGCCUUUUUCCUUAUUGUUAUGGGUGUUUUUUCUAAAUUUGCUGCUGCAUUCGUUAGUAUUCCAAGUGCAAUUUUAGGUGGUAUGACUUCAUUCUUAUUCUGUUCUGUGGCUAUUUCCGGUAUUAAGAUUAUCUCCACUACUGAAUUCACGAGAAGAGAUCGUUUCUUAUUAACUGCUUCUAUGUUACCUGGUUUAGGAGCUACUUUAAUUGGAGAUUGGUUUAGUACUGUUUUCACUUAUACUGGUGAUAAUAAAUCAUUAUCUGGAUUUUUCAAUGCUAUUAUUUUAGUUAUGGAAACUGGUUUCGCUGUUACUGGAUUUAUUGGAGUUAUAUUGAAUUUAUUAUUACCUCAAGUUGAAGAUGAUAUUGAAGAAAUUAACGAAAUUGUGUUGGAAACUGUUGGUUCAGCUGAUCAAAGAGGUAUGCAACAAUAUGCUGAAAAGGAAGGUAUUGCCAUUGAAGCUAUUAGAUCUCAUGUUUCUAUAACUCAUCUUAAAUCUUCGUCUGAUGAAAAUGAUCAAAAAUUAUUAUGAUCUUUUUAAUAAAGUGUAAUCCUGUUUAUUUAUUUUGUAUAAAUCGUUCCCAUCUUUUUAAAGAUAAAAUUCAUGGUUUUUGGAUAUAGUUCUUUCUUUCUUUCAUACUAUCUAUCUCUUCAAUUCUACUGUUUUAAAUUGUUGUUUUUCCUAUAUUUAUAUUAUUUUACUUUCUAGAAUCAUCAAGUAUGAUUACAUUCCAUCCCUAUAUCAGUCUAUAGUAUUUAAUCGUACGAUCUUGUUUAAAGUUCUUGUACU